UUGGGGUAUCCCACAGUUUGGGGUGUCCCAGGGACCCAGGGUGGAUAUCCAAUGGCUUGGGGUGUCCAAUGGCUUGGGGAGGUGCCCCUUAGAUCAGGAUGUGUCUAGGCUUUGGAGCAGGCUUUGAGGUGUCCUGGGUUUGUGGUGUCCUAGGAUUGUGGUUUGGGGUGUCCUAUGGUUGGGGUUGUCCAGAGGUUUGGGGUGUCCUGGGGCCCUCGGCUGGGCGUCCCAGGGACUGGGGGGUGUCCCGUAGGUUGAGGGCUCUUAGGGUUUGGGGCGUCUCCUCUCCGAUGACAUGUAUUGGGGACACUAUGACCCCUCAUGCCACCUGUCCCCCAGAGGAGUCCCACAGCGGCGUCUACAGCUGUUUCAUGAAGUCCCACUGCUGCUAUGACCUGAUCCCCACCAGCUCCAAGCUGGUCGUCUUCGACACCUCCCUGCAGGUGAAGAAGGCUUUCUUCGCGCUGGUCACCAAUGGCGUGCGGGCUGCCCCGCUGUGGGACAGCAAGAAGCAAAGCUUUGUGGGGAUGCUGACCAUCACCGACUUCAUCAACAUCCUGCACCGCUACUACAAGUCCCCGAUGGUGCAGAUCUACGAGCUGGAGGAGCAUAAAAUAGAGACGUGGAGAGAGGUCUACUUACAAGACUCCUUCAAGCCGCUGGUCUGCAUUUCCCCCAACGCCAGUCUCUUCGACGCUGUCUCAUCCCUGAUCCGGAAUAAGAUCCACCGCUUGCCAGUCAUCGACCCUGACUCGGGCAACACGCUCUACAUUCUCACCCACAAACGCAUCCUCAAGUUCCUCAAGCUCUUUGUAAGUCCCGUCUCCCCCUGCGUGCUGCGGUAGCAGGAGACGAGCCAGCCCUGGGCGGUGCCAGGUAGAGCGGUCUCCAGGGUGCUGGGGUGGGCACAGCCUCGGCGCUUUGUGCGUCG